AAAAACAAAAAAAUUAGAAGGAGAAAAAUAAAAUAAUAAAAAUCAAAGAGAGGGAAAGAGAAUGCUAAAGACGAUUUUGAAUCUCUCACACUUGAUUGCAUCAUUCUCCGACCUCUUUCCUAUGGCAGGACCAUCGUGGUUGGUGGACAAAAGUAGAAUUGCAACCAAAAUAAAGAGUGCCUCUGGAACAUGUGGUAAAGUUAUAUGGAAAAGCAAUCCUUCCAGAGCUUGCCCAAGCUGUCACCAUGUUAUUGACAACAGUGAUGUAGCACAAGAAUGGCCUGGACUACCUAUAGGUGUUAAAUUUGAUCCAUCUGAUCAAGAGAUAAUUUGGCACUUGCUUGCAAAAGUUGGUGCUGGAAAUUCAAAACCCCACCCUUUCAUUGAUGAAUUUAUUACUACUCUUGAAGUGGAUGAUGGGAUUUGUUAUACUCAUCCUCAACAUUUACCAGGUGUCAAGCAAGAUGGAAGUUCUUCUCACUUUUUCCAUCGAGUAAUCAAGGCGUAUAAUACUGGCAGUCGAAAGCGUCGAAAAAUAUGUGGUCAGGAUUUUGGUGAUGUCCGCUGGCACAAGACUGGAAGGACUAAACCUGUCAUCUUGAAUGGGAUCCAGAAAGGCUGUAAAAAGAUUAUGGUCCUGUAUAUAAGCCCAGUGAGAGGAGGAAAAUCUGAGAAAACUAAUUGGGUUAUGCAUCAAUAUCAUUUAGGAACAGAAGAGGAUGAAAAGGAUGGAGAGUAUGCCAUCUCUAAAGUGUUUUACCAGCAGCAGCAAGUCAAAUUUGGUGAAAAAGAUGACCAGGAUAUUCCUGAAAUCACUGAAGCAACUACAGUUAAAGUGGAUCCAGCCACUCCCAAAUCUGUGACUCCUGAACCUCCUCGUAUUGAAAAGCGAUGUUCAAAUCUAGACCUAGGACAAGAAUCACAUCACAUUCCUCAGCAUCCUCAGACAGAUUAUUUAGAUGACCUUCAGGCUGUUUGUGAAGAUCUUGCAAAAGAUGAUCUAUUGAUAGUAGAAACUCAAAAUAAUGAAGCGAUAGAUAAUAUAGAAAACAAUGCUGAGGAAGACUCAAAAUGGUGGGAUAGUGAGUCACAGAAUCUGUUGAGCUCACAACAACUUGUCGAAGCAUUGUUCUUGUGUGAUGAUCUCCUUCAAAGUCAAUCUCCCAAGAGGGAUGAGGAAAAUGAACACAAGAAACGACCCAGUCUUUCUGUUUAUGCUGAUCUAGGACCAGAGCAUCUGAAGAAAGAUAUCGAAGAGUGUCAAAAUCUUGUCCUUGACCCUGCAAAUGUAGUGCCUGAGACACCACCUUCAGAAUUUCGACUAAGUCAGCUGGAUUUCAGUUCACAGGAUAGCUUUGUUUCCUGGUGUGCCAACAAAGCAAUCGACUAAUAUGGUUCUUCACCUCAGAUGAGAAGUAAAGUUUUUUGUAAUAUUUUUUUUUUAGAACUUCUCAGUUUAGGAUCAGGACUUAAUUGAAUUGUUGCUUUGCUUGAUUAACUGGGAUGUAAUAGAAAACAGUGAACUUGUGUUUUGAUACUUUGACUAACCAUGCUGAACCAUCCUUGCUUUUUGUUGUGGUGAAAUUAUAGUAUGUCCCUUCCAGGUUCUCAGAUCUAGGAUGUGGACCUGACUUGCCCACAUGUACACAGACACAUGUUUCUCGCUCUGAAAGUGAAAGAUACACUUGUUUAUUACUGCUUUUAAAA